UCGCUGAGAUACAAAACUGUUCAAAUUCCAACAUACGGUCAGUCGAUUAGUGUGUUGGCAGACCAGUAAGACGCAUCGAACGUAACACAAAUUAUCCAUAGUAAUUCAAAAUGGCGAAAGUGAAAGUAACGUACUUCAACGUGAAGGCGCUGGGCGAGGGCAUACGCAUGUUGCUGGCGUACGGAGGACAAGAAUUCGAAGACAUCCGUGUCGAGAGAGAUAACUGGCCAGAAUUAAAACCUAAGACGCCAUUCGGUCAGCUGCCGAUGCUCGAGAUUGAUGGCAAGCAGUACGCACAAAGCAUUGCCAUCUGUCGUUACCUUGGCCGAAAAUACGGCCUGGCCGGGACCACCCCUGAAGAGGACCUAAUCAUCGACCAGAACCUGGACUUCUUUAACGAUAUCCGUUUGAAGACUGUGGCAGCAAAUUACGAGUCCGAUGAGAAGGUAAAAGCCGAUAAGCUAGAGGACCUUAAAAAGAACCAUUUCCCCGUCUUGUUCAGCAAAUUGGAUCAGAUGAUAAAAGAGAACAAUGGCUUUUUAGCUGUCGGGAGAUUAACAUGGGCGGAUUUCGUGUUUGCCGGUGUGUACGAUGCCCUUAGAAUGUUCACACAUCUACCUGACUUGGAUGAGAAGUAUCCCAGCUUCUCGAAGUUGAGGGACACUGUGCGCUCCCUGCCCAAAGUUAAGGAAUUCUGUGAUUCCGCGCCUAAGACAGAUUUAUAAUUUAUCCUUGUAUAUUUAAUUGAAAAUUUUGUAUAUUUAAAAGAAGAAGAAGAUUCAUGUGAUUAUAUUUUAAUACUUUCUUAUUUUAAUCAGUUGAUAUUAAUACAGAUUUUUCUAUUGAAAUAUAGUUUUUACGUGUUCAACAAGUAAAAAAUUUAUAUUGGUUUUUAUAACUUUUUUAUAAAUUACCUUUUAUUAAAUGUAUUCCUGUACUCUU